AAUUAUUCUAUUAGGCAGUGCGAUGGUGAUCUGUCACCAGUCGUGCACUCGAAAUCCAUUCAGUCAACGUGUGGUGUUUGCCUGCGGAGGCAGCAUGGCUUCAGUGAAAGAGCGCGGAAGCUGGGCUUCCAAGACGGAGUUUAUCUUGUCGUGUCUUGGUUACGCCAUUGGCCUUGGCAAUGUUUGGCGGUUUCCGUACCUGUGCUACCGAAAUGGGGGCGGAGCUUUUCUGGUUCCGUACUUGACCAUGCUGUUCUUCUGCGGGAUACCGUUGUUUUUCCUGGAGAUCUGCAUCGGACAGUUCUCCGGACGUGGUUGCGUAACUGUGUUCAACAUCGCUCCACUGCUGAAGGGAGCUGGACUGACAAUCGUUGUGAUUAACUUCAUUUGCACAUCUUACUACAAUGUAAUCAUUGCAUAUCCGAUACUAUUUCUGUGGAAAUCAUUGCGAAGUCAGCUGCCGUGGGAGAGUUGCGACAAUGAGUGGAAUACGGAUCGUUGCUUGGAGUUGAGUGGCCCCAACAAGGCAGAUAUUCUGAUGAACAACAGUAUGCUGAGUCCAGUCGAGCGGUGGCGAACUCCAGCUGAUGAGUUUUUCCACAAUGAGAUACUGCACAUUUCGGAUGGUAUCGAGUCUCCCGGGAGCAUUGUAUGGCCACUAUUCCUGUGCAAUGUCAUCGCUUGGAUGGUCAUCUACGCGUGCAUAAUUAACGGAGUGAAAUCCGUAGGCAAGGUGGUUUAUUUCACGGCAACAUUUCCAUUCGUUGUUAUGGGUAUACUAUUCAUACGUGGAAUUACUCUUCCGGGAGCAAUGGAGGGGAUACGAUUCUACAUUCUGCCUCAGUGGAGUCAACUCACCAAUCUGAAAGUUUGGGCAGACGCAGCGAUUCAGAUCUUCUUCUCGUUGGGUCCCGGAUGGGGUGGAAUCGUCAAUAUGGCCAGCUAUAAUCAGUUCAAGAACAACACCAAGAUGGAUUCGAUACUGAUCCCCAUCGUGAAUUGUGGGACAAGUAUCUUUGCAGGAUUUGUCGUUUUCUCAGUUCUGGGAUAUUUGUCACAUCAGACUGGACUCCCUGUUUCAACAGUAGCUACUGGAGGACCCGGCUUGGCAUUCAUCACUUACCCAGAAGCCAUUGCAAUGCUUCCGUUUCCUCAGUUGUGGGCAUCCCUAUUUUUCACAAUGCUGUUCUUUCUAGGAGUGGAUAGUAUGUUUGUGCAGAUUGAGGCCAUCAUCUCAUCAGUGUUGGACGAGUUUCCUUUGUUGAGGAGGCGGAAACGAUUGAUUACACUGGGGACAUGCUUCAUAAUGUUUUUGCUGUCCACGGCAUGUACAACUGAGGGUGGUAUGUAUUUGCUUCAGCUGUUCGAUUGGUACUCGGCCUCGAUUUCGGUCAUUUUGGUGUGUAUCGUUGAAGUUGUAGCCGUGGCUUGGAUUUACGGCGUAAGGAACUUUGUACGCGAUGUCGAGUUUAUGAUCGAUCGGACCGUCGAUCGCUUCUGGAUUGUGUCGUGGAAAUUCAUUACCCCUGCUAUUUUGUCGUUCAUUUUCGUUACAACUAUUCUUUACAAUACCGAGGUAACGUACAAUGGUGUCCGGUAUCCCAAAUGGGCAAUUGCCGUUGGAUGGAUGAGUUGUAUAUCUUCUAUGUUGUGCAUUCCAGCUUAUGCUUUGUACAAGAUAUUUUCCAGUAAAGGAUCACUGUUGGAGAGAAUCAAAUCCAAUCUAACUCCACGUGAUUGGGGACCAGCUGACGAGUUACAAAGAUCUUUGUGGCAAAGUCACGUUGAAAUGAAUUCCACUAAAUGAUAAUCAUUUUCUAGCGCUUGAAAUACAUCAUUGUUUCUAGUCUAA